AUGGAGUCUGACAAUCCAGAUGAUGAACAAGAUCUUGAUGACGUGUAUCUGAGAGUAGGUGUCACAGAAGAGGGACGACCAAGUGGAAAGUUGAUGCGGACUGUACAACGAUUGCUCAAGGGUAACAAGUCAGAUGUAAAAGUCUUAGGAGAGAGCAAAGUCCAGGUGGAUCUGUCAUAUUUGAAUGACCCAAUAAUCAUUCAAAGAACCAGAUCUACAACUGAGGCAAUAAUUAAGACUUUUAUAUCUAUUCCAGGGAGGGUUGAAACUAUCCAAAUAAGUGAAGAAGGUAUAUUCACUUUCAAUGUGACAAAUCAGUAUCUAUCUCCAGAUUCAGACUCGUCCGGAUCCAGUAAGCCAACAAAUAUAAAAAAGUACCCUCGACGUUUCGUCAACGAUACCCAAACCGGAGGACGGAUAUCCAGUUUAUCGUCGUUGUGA